AUGACAUUUUAUUCAGCAAAGUCUCAGGUUUUCUUGGCCUUGCUUCUAGUAUCACUAGUGGUGGGCUCUAAUGCAAGCGGGAUUUCCAUUUAUUGGGGCCAAAAUGGAAACGAAGGAACUUUAGCCGAAACCUGUGCCACAGGGAACUAUGAAUAUGUAAACAUAGCCUUUUUAUGGACAUUUGGGAACGGGCGUACACCAAAAAUGGAUUUAGCAGGCCACUGUGAUCCAUAUAGCAACGGCUGCACCAACUUAUCCACUGACAUCAACUCAUGUCAAGCAAAAGGGAUCAAAGUGAUGCUAUCUAUAGGAGGUGGGAUUGGUAGUUACUCGAUUGCAUCCAAACAAGAUGCUCAAGACGUUGCUACCUACCUGUGGGAUAACUUCUUAGGUGGAAAAUCAACUGGUAUUCGUCCACUUGGAAAUGCAUCAUUAGAUGGAAUUGACUUUGACAUAGAAUCAGGUGGAAGUCAACACUGGGAUGAUCUGGCAAGGUAUCUUUCCGCGUAUAGCAAGCAGGGUAAAAAGGUCUACUUAACUGCAGCACCACAAUGCCCGUAUCCUGAUGCAUGGUUAGGGGGUGCCCUUCAGACAGGUCUGUUUGACUAUGUUUGGGUUCAGUUUUACAAUAAUCCUCCUUGCCAGUAUUCUGCAAACAUUAGUAAUCUUGAAGGUGGUUGGAAGCAGUGGACAUCUGGCAUUCCGGUUUCAAAGAUUUUCUUGGGGCUACCAGCAGCAUCCACAGCAGCAGGGAGCGGUUUUAUACCUGUAACCGAUCUUACUUCUAAAGUACUUCCAGCAAUUAAGAGUUCUCCUAAUUAUGGAGGUGUGAUGUUAUGGUCCAAGUACUAUGAUGAUCAAACUGGAUAUAGUGCAGCCAUUAAGAACGAUGUAUAA